AUGGAAGUUGUUGGCACAGAUUUUGAUGUUCGUGUAGAGGCUUCGAUAGAUGGAGCGUUAAGUGGGUAUGGGCAUGAGAAUGAUGCAAAUGUGAAGGGAAGUGAAGGGUUUUUACGGACCAUUUUAGUCGAAGUGUUUGUUGAAGGUGGAAUUGAUAGGCAUCUUGUUGCUUUUGAUCAUGGUUUUGGUAUUGGGAGAAUCACCAAGAACCUUUUUUAUAAGGGAAAUCAUAUGGCAUCGGAUAAGCAUAAGGCCACUAAUUUUUAUUAUGUCCCAUUUCGAGAAUUCACACUAGAUGUAGGAAGAUAUGAUGUUAUCUGGGUUCAAUGGUGUAUUGGGCAUCUCACGGAUAAUGACUUUGUGCCAUUUUUCAAAAGGGAUAAGAUUAGCUUGAAACCUAGUGGAUUUUUUAUCCCGAAGGAAAGUCUUGCAGAAGUGGAUUUGUGUUGGACAAAGAAGAUCGAGGCAUCACUAAGUUUGAUACAUACUUCGAGGAGCUCUUUAGUAGGUGCUUCUCUUUUGGCCGUGCUCGUCAAUCGCGCCGUUUCGGGCAUAGCCCCCGUUGCCGAUGCCAGCAGGUCUCUAGUUGUUGUUUAUGAUUGCCGUUGUAUCCUACAAAUUGGUGUGGCAGCUGAAUCUGUCAAUAAUGAAGCACUGACUAUUGAUGCUGCCAAGUUGAUGCAAGGAUCACUUUACCAGGCUGCUAUAAAAUCUGCUUCUCAGUUGCUUGCUGAGAAAACAGUUCCAAAAGAUGAUUCUUUACUGAUCCUAUAUGCAGAGAGCUAUUUGGCCAACCUUUCUCUCUACCCUGGAAGAUCUGAGCUGCCAUUUUUACCUUCAAACACACAGGAAGCUGUUAGAGGUGGCCUAUCUGAAGAAAAAGUGAAUCGAGGGUCAUUUGAGAUGGUUUGGCUAUAUCUGAUGUUGACCUAUGAGGAUCAAUUGCAUGGUUUCAAAGAUGGAGUUGUCUCAGAAAUACUUGAACCAUCAUUUGUACUCCCCGCUUCCUGUGUAACAAGUGGAGGAACUAUAUGUUGUUGUAAGAACAUUCCUGGUAAGGCAAACUGGCGAGGCCUUGGUCACAGUUUCAGCCUGCCAUCUGAGCAUUUUCUUGAAAUCAAUUGGGAAAACAUGCUGUUCUUGAACUGUCAACUGCGUUUGCAGCCAGGGGAUGCCUUUUAA